AUGGUGCAUCUCUACGUCGCCUGUCGCUCGCUAUACCCGAACGAUCCUGUCUGGCCUGACAUGGGACACUUCUUACAAUUCCAGGAUCUGGACAACUUAUUCUUGGGUGGACUGCCAGGCUCCAUGGAAGAAGCGUACAAGAAGUUGCUGCUGGCCUCCGGUGUGACCGCGAGUAGCUUCGCGCGGAAUCGGCGGAAUGCAGAUCCGGAACUUAACAGCGAAAAGGCACGUCCGGUAUCCAAUCCUUGUAUGCUUGAUGCCAUCUUCGCGUUUUGGAUGAGUGGAGGUGAAUUCAUGACUGAUGAUAUGAUCCUGAACCUUGUCGGAGUCAUAAGCGACCCGAAAACGGUUGCCCAAAAAGCUCGACAGGCCGGUCUGUCGCCAAAGGACGAGGCAGAACUCAGCAAGCCUUGGUUCAAGCCUGACCGCCCGAUGACUGCCAUCUUGGGCAACCUGACAUUCUACAUCAUGACCGAAAGUUCUGAUCUCUAUUUCGACUGGUAUUCUUUUGCCGAAAGCUGCAGUAAAAUGUGGGACCAGAUUCGAGAGUCUCUCCGUGAGCAUACGGACGACGAGAAUGCAAGCAGUGUCCCCAACAUUAUGAUCGUACACAUAUUGGACGAAGCGCGGAAGUGCCAGUGGCUCGCUGAAGAGCUCAAACAAGACGUGGCCACAUCCUUGCGGCAACACGCCUUUGGCCUGGUGCGGUCCUGGGAAGUCUUCCAAGAACGCAGCCGGAAGGGGAUGAAGGUGUCGUUUGGGAAGAACGAGCUGCUAAAGGAUACGAAGGCUUGGUUCGGUGACCAGCAACUCUUCCGUGUCACGUCCAAGGCCCUGGGCGAGAGUCCGUACCCGCACAUGUCUCGUGCGCUUGUGGGCCGGGUGUACAAGAAUUGGCCGGAGGACGAUUUGCAACGCAGCGCCGUGAUUCGUAUGAAUCUCUACCCGGCACUGAGAGGAAUAUCAGGAGCAAGUUAG